CUCAUUGAUCAAUCUCCAACAAGGCAUAGAGUUGGUCGUGCAAACCUCACACACGCAAGUUAUUUACGGAAAACGUGCGCGUUACUCCGUAAACGUCAAUUUCUUGUUUUCACUUGGACGAACAAACAGGGCAGCUGCAAUGUGGAUUCAAGUGCGCACAAUGGAUGGGAAGGAAACCCACCGGAUCGAUUCCCUGUCCAAACUCACCAAGGUGGAUGAGCUGCGUCUCAAAAUCACGGAGCUCUUCAAGGUGGAGCCGGAGAAGCAGAGGCUGUUCUACCGUGGCAAGCAGAUGGAGGACGGCCAUACCAUAUUCGACUACAACGUGGGCCUAAAUGACAUAGUUCAGCUGCUUGUUAGGCAGAAGAUGGCCGCCGUUGACGUCGUCAAGAGCAAGGACAAAGAAGCAGAGCUCUCAGACUCUGAUUCUGGUUGUGGCUCAACCCAGAGUGAGUCUGACAAGAGCUCAACUCACGGUGAAGUAGAGGGUCAGACUGCCGGCACAUCUGCUCAGACAAACACAGCAGAACUCGUCGAUCCGGGGUUCGGAUUUUACAAGAUCAAUGAGCUGGUCGAUGCAAGGGACUUGAACAUGGGAGCGUGGUUUGAGGCCCAGAUCGUGAAUGUUACUAAGACGACAAAGACGCCUAAAGAAGAGGCUGCUGAGGCGCAGCCAGCAGAGGAGAUACUGUACCAUGUUAAAUAUGAAGACUACCCAGAGAACGGACUGAUUCAGUUGCUGGCCAACGAUGUUCGCCCACGGGCCCGUACGGUGUAUCAGUGGCACCAGUUGGAGCCAAAAAUGGUCGUUAUGGUCAACUACAACCCAGACGAUGCCAAGGAGCGUGGCUACUGGUAUGAUGCUGAGAUCCAGAGGAAGAGGGAGACGCGCACUGUGCGCGAGAUCCACGCCAAGAUUAUCCUUGGUGAUGCUGGAGACUCUCUUAAUGAUUGUCGGAUCAUGUUCCUGACUGAAAUCUACAAAAUCGAGGAGCCUGGUUCUCUUGGUGACGUUCCACCUGGAUCUGAGAGUCCGCUAAAAAGAUCAAAUGGACCCGAGUGCAAGCACUGUAAGGAUGAUCCCAAGAAAAACUGCCAGUGGUGUAACUGCCACAUCUGCGGCAUCAAGCAGGAUCCUGACAAACAGUUGCUGUGUGACGAAUGCGACAUGGCCUAUCACAUUUACUGCCUGAACCCUCCGCUCACCUCCAUCCCUGAUGACGAGGACUGGUAUUGCCCAGGUUGCCGUAAUGACGCCAGUGAAGUUGUGUUGGCUGGAGAGAAGCUAAAAGAGAGCAAGAAGAAAUCUAAGAUGGCUUCUGCCAGCUCCUCCAGCCAGAGGGACUGGGGCAAGGGAAUGGCCUGUGUUGGUCGAACCAAGCAGUGCACCAUCGUCCCAUCAAACCACCAAGGCCCAAUCCCCGGCGUCCCCGUCGGCUCCCUGUGGAAGUUCAGAGUGCAGGUCAGUGAAUCUGGCGUCCACAGGCCUCAUGUAGCUGGAAUUCACGGCAGGAGCAAUGACGGUGCCUACUCUCUGGUCCUGGCAGGCGGCUAUGAGGAUGACGUGGAUGAUGGUAAUGAGUUCACUUACACCGGCUCUGGAGGGCGAGAUCUUUCUGGAAACAAGAGGACAGCUGAGCAAUCAUGUGACCAGACACUUACCCACAUGAACAGGGCGGUGGCUCUCAACUGCAACAUCCCUGUCAACAACAAAAAUGGAGCCGAGGCAAAGGGCUGGAAACAAGGCAGACCAGUUAGAGUUGUGCGCAGCUGCAAGGGUCGCAAGCACAGUAAAUACUCCCCUGAGGAAGGAAACAGAUAUGAUGGGAUAUAUAAGGUGGUAAAGUACUGGCCAGCCAAGGGCAAGUCUGGCUUCUUGGUCUGGCGGUAUCUGUUGAAGCGUGACGACGAUGAGCCGGCACCAUGGACGAGAGAUGGCAAGGAACGCAUCAAGAAGCUCGGUCUCACCAUGCAGUAUCCUGCAGGCUAUCAGAAAGAGAAAGAGAACAAAAAUGAAGUGGAAGAGGAGGCUGCUACAUCCAAGAGGAAGAGAAAAUCUCAAGGCAGUGAUUCCCCAAAGUCUUCACCAGCCAAGUCUUCAAAGAAAAUAAAGCUAGAAGUGUACAAGCUGACCCAGGAGCAGAAAUCCUUCAUCAAGAAUGACAAGCUAAACAAGAAACUGUGGGAUGAAGCCAUGGAGUCACUGUCACUUGGACCGAAAUUCUUGAACAAAGUUGAAGAGGUUUUCCUCUGCAUUUGCUGCCAAGAAGUGGUUUAUCAGCCAAUCACCACAGAGUGCCACCACAAUGUCUGCAGGGAAUGCCUUCAGCGAUCUUUCAAAGCAGAUGUGCACACCUGCCCGGCCUGCAGGCACGACUUGGGCAUAAACUACUCCAUGACCGUCAACAAACCCCUGCAAGAUAUUCUAAUUCAGUUUUUCCCAGGCUACAGCAGUGGGCGAUGAUUAUUGGUUCUGCCUACUCGGCCCUCGAGGAAACGUGAUGUAAACUGUAAGGGGAAUUUUCAGUAGAGGCAAUAAAGAAUCAAUUUUUCUUAAUAUAUUUUAUGAUUUAUAAAACUCCAAUUUCUGUGGACUUCAAUGCUACCAUUUUCCACCUUGGAUCUGCCAUGUUGUGUAGUUUAAAGAUAAAUUGAAAAUUCCUUUGCAAUUGUGCCAUUACUCCGUUAAUACCUUUUACUCCCAGCGUAUUAUUUUGUUCCAUUAACUAAUGCUAACGUUAUCCAUAUAUACAAUGUUUAACCUUCAACUAAAUCCCUCCAUGUUUAUCACUCCUUAAGAGAAUAUUAAGUCAAAAGGGGUUUAGUAGUUUGCUUGUUUGGACCUUCUAUUGUACAUGGCCAUUUUAAGAAUCUGGAUUUUAUGUUGCUUUGGCUGUGUUGAGCAACAUUUUGGUGCAAUUUUGAAAAAAUCUGAUCAUGUAGUCUGGGUUUUUAAUUGAUUAACUUUCACAUCUGAUCUGAAAGGUGCUGACAAAGAAUACUUUGUCUCCACUAGCUGUGGAACUGUCUACUUCCAUUUUAAAAUCUCAGUCUUGGGGUCCAAUAGACAACUUGGACAAAAACAAACUAUCCACUUGAUCUAGCCUUGACGGACUUCCAAUUGUGACAUGAUCAGAAGAUUUGAAAUUGCACUAACGUGACAAGUGAACAUAGCGGCUCCAGAAAAUGUAGAUGAGGCCUGACAUGCAAGCAUAAACUGAACCCGUUCAAAGUUUUGUUUUUCUGCUCUUCAGCAGUCUGAGAGGAAGUGUCUUGUCGGGGGAACAGUGUCAUCAAAUGUCGUUUGAGUCUCUAACUUGCAUAUUGGUUCCUUUUAAAUAUUUUCAUAGUCAUUUUAUAUUUGUAUAUGAAGUAUGUGAGAUUUGGUUUAAAAGUUACUAUGAAUUUGAUACAACCUCGAAAGCUAAACAUGACAUGACGCAAUUAUAUACUGUGGUGAAGAUUUGAAUUUCCCACGUUUCGAAAAGGUUCACUUUGAAAAAGUCCAAAGAAACAAAAGUGCUUAUCCAAGAGUGUAAUGUAGGACACAUCUAUCUAGAUAUUUAGACAUUGUCCCUGACACAACCUAAUUGAGUCUAGAAACUUUGUAUUCUUUGCUAAAAUUUUAAUUUGUACUUUUUUUUUUGUCUUUUAUAAUCUAUUACUGCCAUCUGUGGGGGGGGGGGGGGCGCCUGUGCAGGCUGAUUUUUGUUUCUCCUGUGGUCACUUGUGAUACCUGACCUCAUUUAAAAAGGAAAUGCUUGCAUCAAGAUGAAACGUUCAGGAAAUUCCACACACUGCUCCUGAAAUUUGAUAUUGAAUCGAAUAGAUUAUUUGAAUUUGUUAUUGAUGACUACUUUUACCGUUGCCUUUUGUCAUUUAUGAAUAUUUGGUGUUGAAUUUCAACAGCAGUGUGAGACAAUGUCCAUCCACAUGCCAGCACUUUUAGAACUUUGAGUUUUGAUGGAGAGACAAAGAUUUGCAUAGACUGGGAAAUGUAUAUUUUCUGAAAUUGUAUAAUUUUUUAGUCCAUUUUAGUUUUGAUAUGUAGUUUUAGAAUUGCUUGCACACGUUUGGUGCAAAAAUUGUCAAUACAUGUUCAGUGUUAUUCAAUAAAAGAGUGAAAAUUAGA